AUUUGGGAAAAAACGAAACCUUUGGUAACUUUAGCAGCUGCAACUUCAGAAAUGCCUUCUUUCAAUUUCACAAAAUCGAAUUCCAUCUUCUCUUCCACCACUGCCGCCGCUUUCGGCGGCGGAAGCGUAUGAAACGGCGGUUACUCCGAAUUUGUCUUGUAGGUUGCUUUUUUCUGUGACAUUUCUUCAUCAUCAUGAUUCAUCGACCCACAAGUUCAAUCUAUUCUAUUUCUCAGUUAAUUUUCACAAAAAAGUGUUCUUUUUAUUAUUCUUCUUCUACUUCUCUAAUUAUUGUAAAUGAUUCUGAGUCAAAACCAGUUUCAAGUCCUUUUUACAAUCUUCUUCCACCUACCCAAAACCCUAACAACAUUGUUAACCUUAUUUCUUCAAUCCUUAAACGGAAAAGUUUUCAUCUUUCCAUUUUUCAAAAUGAAUGCAAAGUGAUUCUUCCCCAUUUGGGGUCCCAUGAAAUUUCUAGGGUUUUGCUUAGAUGUCAAUCUGAUUAUUCUUCAGCUCUCACAUUUUUCAAUUGGGUUAAAAAUGAUUUGUGCAUCACACAUAGUGUGCAAAACUAUUGCAUAGUUGUUCACAUUCUUGCUUGGUCUCAAGUGUUCUCUCAAGCUAUGAAAUUGUUGUCUGAAUUGAUUCAAUUGGUUCCUGAUGAAGAUGUUUAUCAGAGUUUGGUUGGUUGUACUGAGGAUUGUAAUUGGAAUCCUGUAAUCUUUGAUAUGCUUAUUAAGGCUUAUGUGAAAUUAGGUUUGAUUGAGAAGGGUUUGGAAACUUUUAGGAACAACAUUGAAGCUGGUUUUGUUCCCAAUGUAGUUGCUUGCAAUUGUUUGUUGAAUGGUUUGUCUAAGUCUAAUUACAUUGGUCAAUGUUGGGAAGUGUAUGAAGAAAUGGGAAGACUUGGAAUACAUAGAAAUACUUAUACUUUCAACAUUAUGACACAUGUUUUGUGUAAAGAUGGAGAACCCGAUAAGGUGAAUGGAUUCCUCGAGAAGAUGGAGGAAGAAGGAUUUGAACCGGAUAUAGUGACGUAUAACACACUCAUUAAUAGCUAUUGUAGGAAAAGAAGGUUAGAGGAUGCAUUUUAUUUGUACAAGAUCAUGUACAUUAGAGGUGUGGUUCCUAAUUUGAUUUCGUAUAGUGCCUUGAUGAAUGGUCUUUGUAAGGAAGGGAAGAUCAAGGAGGCUCAUCAACUUUUUAAUCAGAUGGUUCAGAGAGGGAUAGAUCCGGACAUUGUGUCGUACAAUACUCUUAUAUCUGGUUAUUGUAGUGAAGGUAAGAUGCAAAUGUGUAGAACACUAUUGCAUGAAAUGAUAGGAAAUCAGAUUCGUCCCGAUAGUGUCACUUGCAGGGUUGUCUUUCAAGGAUAUGCAAGAGAGGGAAAGCUGUUGUCGGCGUUGAAUUUGGUUGUGGAGCUUCAGAGAUUUGGGAUUAAGAUUCCUGAAAAUUUAUAUGAUUAUCUCUUAGUUGCUUUGUGUAAAGAAGGUCGACCGUUUGCUGCUCGAAGCUUUCUGAUAAGGAUAUCUCAAGAUGGCUAUGUACCUGAAAUGAGUACUUAUAAUAAACUGGUAGAGUCUCUAUGUAGAUUCGAUAACGUGGAAGAGGCAUUGAUUUUGAAAUCUGAGAUGACAAGCAAGAGUAUGAAACUGAAUCUCACUACCUAUAAAGCUAUCAUAAGCUCCUUGUGCAGAGUAAAGAGGACUCCAGAGGCUGAAACCUUGUUGGAGGAAAUGGAUAGUUCAGGUAUUGUACCUGAUUUAGAAAUAAUGAGGGUAUUAAUAAAUGGGUAUUGUGAACAAAAUGAUGUUGAUAAAGCUGUGUCAUUAUUGAAAUUCUUCGCCAAGGAGUUUCAAGUUUACGAUACCGUAAGCUACAAUGCAAUAUUCAAAGUCUUUUGUGAGGUUGGUAAUGUGGCUGAGUUGAUGGAGCUUCAAGAUAAGCUGGUCAAGAUAGGGUAUGUUCCAAAUAGUUUAACAUGCAAGUACGUGAUCCGAGGAUUGCAGAAAGAUCUGGAACUAGACGAUGAUAUAUUGGACCGCGACUUGCUUGAAGUCUAAGUCGUCCCUAUCAAGGAUUGCAUCCGACAACUCACUUCACUUUUCGAAGGUGGCCUAAAAAGUAUCGAAGCACUUGGAGAACCCGCCCUAAAAAUGUAGCUAUCAACGCGGAAGAACCAAGCCACUUAAAUAGUCCAUCGAGAUUCCAGUGAGACUUGAGCCGAAUUCCUGAUGAAAAAACAAAAUAGUACAUGAUGGUUUUUGGAGAGACAGAAGCAUUGAUGAACAGAUCAUGUGAUGGUUUUGGGAGGCAGACAAAUCAUCUUUCAUCAUAUCUGUUGAGCCAGCAACAACUAGGAUUCAUGCCCUUGAUUGUAUGAGUAUCCUUGUGAAAUGUAAAAAUAAAAUUAUUUACCUAUAAAAAAUUAAAUAUUAAAAGUAAACAUUUCAUUUUUGUA